GAACAGACUCCUGGGAAAUCCACAUCCUGUCUGACAGGACACGGAACUACACCAGGACCGAGACCGGGACCAGGACCGGGACCAGGACCGGGAACAGGACCGGGAACAGGACUAGGACCAGGACACAGGAAGAAACGGUCCGGGGUUAUCCACAGAACAGAUCCACUAAGGACCCGGAUCAACCGGAGAUCCACGGAGCGCGAGACUGAGCCGACUUUAACACACACACACACACACACACACACACACACACACACACACACACACACACACACACACACACACACACAGUGGGUCUGUGGGUCUAACUCUGCUGCUGGUCCACUUCAGACCCAGGUCAGUUUGGACUCGCUUCCUGUGGAACAGACCCACAUAGUCCAGUAGACCCGGACCAGGGGACCCGGACCCAGUUGAUCCUGGACCAGUUUAUCCCGGACCCAGUUAACCCCGGACACACUAAUCCCGGACCAGGUAACCUGGACCAGUUUAUCCCGGACCCAGUUUAUCCGAACGCAGUGUACCCCGGACCACUUAACCCCGGGCUAGUUAUUCCCGGACUAGUUGAUCUGGACCCAGUUUGUCCCGGACUAGUUUAUCCCGGACCACUUGAUCUUGGACCAGUUAACCCCGGACCCAGUUAACCCCGGACACACUAAUCCCGGACCAGGUAACCUGGACCAGUUUAUCCCGGACCCAGUUUAUCCGAACGCAGUGUACCCCGGACCACUUAACCCCGGGCUAGUUAAUCCCGGACUAGUUGAUCUGGACCCAGUUUGUCCCGGACCAGUUUAUCCCGGACCACUUGAUCUUGGACUAGUUAACCCCGGACCCAGGUAACUCCAGACCCAGCUGACCCGGACCCAGUGUCCCCCAUGAUCAGCUCGGAGGGCCUGAGGCCGGCCUCCAACGGGCGGAAGCCGCUGGGGAAGCUGGCCUCCCGGCUGGAGGAGGUGAAGAGCCCCUGGAGGCAGGUGUCCACCCUGGAGCUGAGCCACAGUGAGGCGGCCCGCCUGGCCACGGACGCGCUCCUGGAGCACGGGGAGAAGGAGUACCGGAGGGUCCUGGCGGAGGAACGGGAGCUCAGCUUCCUGUCCCCCCUGGAGAUCCGCUACAUCAGCCAGCACGGAGCCAAGAGCGGAGAGGCGGACGGGAACGGAACCGGAGCCGCCGAGCGGGACUUCGGGGACGGGGACGCCGUGUCCGAGCUGACCUCCGGGACCUACUUCCCCAUGAUGUCCGACGAGGAGCCGCCCAUGCUGGAGCUGGGCUGGCCUGAGGCCCCGGUCAGGUACGGACCGUCCGAGACCCAGAUCUACUUCCAGAGGGACAAGAGCCACAACGUCAAAGACCUGAUCCGGUCCCUCAUCAACAAGGCCAAGAAGGUGAUCGCGUUGGUGAUGGAUGUGUUUACGGAUGUGGAUCUGAUGUGUGAUCUGAUGGAGGCGUCCAACAAACGGAAGGUCCCCGUCUACAUCCUGUUGGACGAGAAGAACCUCAGCUACUUCACAGACAUGUGUUCGGCGCUCAGCAUCCAGAACUCACACCUGAGUAACAUGCGUAUUCGCAGCGUCAGUGGGGACACAUACUGCACCAAAAGUGGGAAAAAGUUCAGCGGUCAGGUCCAGGAGAAGUUUAUGAUCAUCGACUGUGAAGAGGUCAUCGCAGGGUCGUACAGUUUCACCUGGUUGUCGGCUCAGGUCCACAGUAACAUGGUGAUGCAUUUCUCCGGUCGCAUCACGGACAGCUUCGACCGGGAGUUCCGCUGUCUGUACGCCGACUCGCAGAUCAUCGAGUGCUUCUUCAACCCGGACGAGGAGGGGAUGCCCUACUACCCAGCGUACCAGGCCAUGAUGGGCCCAGGGAUGGGCCUCAACAUGGGCCUGGGUCCAGUCCUGGGUCUGGAUCUACUGUCGGACAGCAGACAGAGGGACAGGGUGUGCUCUGAAAACUCCAGCAGCCAAUCCAGUAACAGCGUGUCCAGUGUGAAAGCGGCGCCUGGAAUGAGCUCCAACACCGUCUACAAAGUCACCCAAGGUCUGGACAAGAAGGAGCCCAACAACAACAGCAACUCCCACCUGAGCCCCGAGAGGAGGGGCGGAGCCAUAGAGAGGGGAGGGGGCCAAACCCCCACGCCCCAGACCCAGAUAACACCGGGCCCUCGGGUCAACAAUCACAGCCCUGUCCCCGAUAGGCCGUCUCAGACCUACGGUCAGCCAAUGGGCAUCGAGUGGAACAAGCCCAGCGCCAUGGACGUGAUGCGCUCCAACAUCGGUGGCACCGCCUCCAAGUUCCAGGCGCUGGGUUUGUACGACCACAAACCCAGUAUGUUCCACACCUCUGGGUUCGUUCCUGGAGCUCCAAACUCCAACCUGAACCCAAAGCCCCAGAUCCCCUCCCCCAUCAACGAGAGCAAACUCAACUCCAAGCAGAGGACUACUUCCAACCAGUUCCUCAACAAGCUGUCCGACCUCUUCCUGCCUCCGUCCAAAGACAAGGACACCUACAACUUCCGCAGGUCACCCUCCCCCCACGGCACCUCGCCGUGGGGAGGACCCGACCUGUCCCAGGCCGAACCGGAGAGCCAGCAGAGCCCGCCCCCGCCGCCGUCUCCGGUCACUCUGAUGAACCGUCAGGACCAGAAGCGCAUGACGCUGGGCCACAGUAAACUGGACCUGGUCAACCAGUACAACAAGAUGAAGUCCAAGCAGGUGUACAGCCGCUUUGAGCUGAAGAGCACCAACUGAGCUGGGGGGUGGGGGUGGGGGGCACGCCAAAGAAAACAGGCUGGGGUUUAUUUGACCGGACUCCUUUAAAUGUUCUCAGCUGAAAA